AUGCAUGGCACCACCUCAGUAGGAGGACGACGACGAUGCAGGAUAUCUCCCUCGCUGCCGCCGGCAGCCCGGAGACCCACGGUUUCAUGGGAAUCGCUGCAAGGAGAUUUGGUUCGGCUGGUCGCGUCGAGCUUGCUGGCCGGCGAUUUACUAGACUACGUCCGUUUCCGCGCUGUUUGCACGCACUGGCGAUCCGAGACUCCUUCCCCGCGUGGCCGCGGCGUCCUCGAUCCAUGUUUCCACCCGCGUCGCUGGAAGAUGUUCCCGGAAGGCCGUGGCCUCUAUCCUGGACACCCCGAGCUGGGUGACUACAUCCGCUUCUUCAACCUAGACUCGGGUGUCUUUGUCCGCGUCCGCCUCCAACUGUUCACGAACCACUGCAUUCUUGAUUCAGUCUAUGGUCUGCUUCUCCUCCAGAGGGACGAAGACGCAGCCAUCCGUCUGCUCCACCCUUUCACCGGUGACAUCGUCGAGCUUCCGCCCCUCACCACCCUCGGGAAGUCACGGUUUUGGUUAUUUUCAAUGUGUAUUAUUAUGCGGCUGUUGCCACCUCCCUAG